UCAUAAACAAUGAAUGGCAUGAUUCAGUGAGUGGCAAGAAAUUUCCUGUCCUUAAUCCUGCAACAGAAGAAACAAUCUGCCAUGUAGAAGAAGGAGAUAAGGAGGAUGUCGACAAAGCAGUGAAGGCCGCAAGACAGGCUUUCCAGAUCGGCUCCCCAUGGCGCACCAUGGACGCUUCCGAGAGGGGGCGACUGUUGUACAAAUUGGCUGAUUUGAUCGAGAGAGACCGUCUGCUGCUGGCGACAAUGGAGGCACUAAAUGGUGGAAAACUAUUUUCCAGUGCCUAUCUCAUGGAUGUAGAAGUCGGUGUGAAAGCUUUACGCUACUGCGCAGGCUGGGCUGACAAGAUCCAGGGCCGGACGAUACCAGCGGAUGGAAAUGUUUUUACUUACACAAGACAUGAACCUAUUGGUGUCUGUGGCCAAAUCAAUCCUUGGAAUUUCCCAUUGAUCACACUUAUUAUGAAGAUAGCACCUGCCCUGAGCUGUGGAAACACUGUGAUUGUCAAACCAGCAGAGCAAACUCCUCUCACUGCUCUUCAGGUGGCAUCCUUGAUAAAAGAGGUAAGUCUCCUAAGUCAAAAUAUUCACAAAAACUUGAGUUCAUUUAGUGCUACUGCAAAUUGUAUUGUUGACAAGGGACUCCAAUUAAGCCUUCUCCUUCAUACUGUUCCAUUUCAGGUUGGUAAAUUGAUCAAGGAAGCUGCUGGGAAAAGCAAUCUGAAGAGGGUGACCCUGGAGCUUGGGGGCAAGAGCCCGUGCAUUGUGUUUGCUGAUGCCGACCUGGACAAUGCCCUUGAAUUUGCACACAGGGGAGUGUUCUUCCACCAGGGCCAAUGCUGUGUCGCUGCAUCCAGGUUGUUUGUGGAAGAAUCAAUUUAUGAUGAGUUUGUGAAAAGGAGUGUGGAGCUGGCAAAGAAGUACGUUCUUGGAAAUCCUCUGACUCCAGGAGUGAGUCAAGGCCCUCAGAUUGACAAGGAACAAUAUGAUAAAAUUCUUGAUCUCAUUGAGAGUGGGAAGAAAGAAGGGGCCAAACUGGAAUGUGGCGGAGGCCCCUGGGGGAAUAAAGGCUACUUUAUCCAGCCCACGGUCUUCUCUAAUGUUACAGAUGAGAUGCGCAUCGCCAAAGAGGAGAUAUUUGGACCAGUGCAGCAAAUCAUGAAGUUUAAAUCUUUAGAUGAUGUGAUCAAGAGAGCAAACAAUACUCACUACGGGCUCGCAGCAGGAGUCUUUACCAAAGACCUUGAUAAAGCCAUAACAGUCUCCUCUGCUCUGCAGGCAGGGGCAGUGUGGGUGAAUUGCUAUAUGAUGAUAUCUUCCCAGUGCCCCUUCGGUGGAUACAAGAUGUCUGGAAAUGGACGAGAAAUGGGAGAAUAUGGUCUCUAUGAAUAUACAGAGGUCAAGACAGUUACAAUGAAAAUCUCUCAGAAGAACUCAUAAGGAAGCUACAAGACUAGAGAGAAAUUCUUCAAAAGUAUCUCUUAUAGUCCCUCAAUUCAAUACAAGUAUUCUUUUCUUAAUUUCUUUAAAAGCAAGCUAAUCAUAUUAGUGUUAAUCCUAUCCACAGAGAACAUGACAUGAAGCUUAUUCUGAAUCUUUUGCUUUCUGAUAUGAACCCCACCCAAGUUCUAUCCUAAAUAAAAAAGAGAAAUUGAGAUACAAGAUCUCAAGCUGUGCAACAGUCAUGCGCUUUUCUUUGUAGCUAUUUAUCCAGGUUAACCACUUCACAGAAGUGACCAGUUAUCAUUUAGCUUCUUUCCCUUAAUGACUACUUGAAGUCCUUCAUAUACAUGUUAACUGCAGAAUAAGCUGCUCUGUUCCCAGUAGUUAGGAAGUCCCUGCAGUGUCGUGAAAUGUUUCCUAGAAUACCCUGUCUGCUUGUCACAUGAAGUAAUGCCUGAAAUACUUAGCUAUAAGCUGAAUAUGAAGCUUAAUAAAAACAACCAUGUAUGCUGCUUGUCAUA